CGGCAUUAGCAGCGGCGCAAAGCCAAGCGAAGAUGGCUGAGAAGCAGCCGCAGAAGCACGACGGGCGGGUGAAGAUCGGCCACUACGUGCUGGGCGACACGCUGGGCGUGGGCACCUUCGGCAAAGUCAAGAUUGGAGAACACCAGCUCACAGGACAUAAAGUAGCAGUCAAAAUUUUAAAUAGGCAAAAAAUCCGUAGUUUGGAUGUGGUUGGAAAGAUCAAACGAGAAAUCCAAAACCUUAAACUUUUCCGGCACCCUCAUAUUAUCAAAUUGUACCAGGUCAUCAGCACACCAACAGAUUUCUUCAUGGUAAUGGAAUAUGUGUCUGGUGGAGAAUUAUUUGAUUACAUCUGUAAACAUGGACGUGUGGAAGAGGCAGAAGCCAGGCGUCUUUUUCAGCAAAUUCUGUCGGCCGUAGAUUACUGCCAUCGGCAUAUGGUGGUUCACAGAGAUCUGAAACCAGAGAACGUGCUGCUGGAUGCACAAAUGAAUGCCAAGAUAGCUGAUUUUGGACUGUCCAACAUGAUGUCUGAUGGUGAAUUCCUACGAACCAGCUGUGGCUCCCCCAACUAUGCAGCACCAGAAGUCAUCUCUGGAAGAUUGUAUGCUGGCCCAGAGGUUGAUAUCUGGAGCUGUGGUGUUAUUCUCUAUGCACUUCUCUGCGGGACUCUUCCGUUUGAUGAUGAACAUGUCCCAACACUCUUUAAAAAAAUCCGUGGAGGUGUCUUCUACAUUCCUGAAUACCUCAAUCGUUCAGUCGCCACCCUCCUUAUGCAUAUGCUGCAAGUGGAUCCACUCAAACGAGCAACUAUCAAGGACAUACGAGAGCACGAGUGGUUCAAACAAGAUCUGCCCAGUUACUUGUUUCCAGAGGAUCCUUCUUAUGAUGCCAACGUCAUUGAUGACGAUGCCGUGCGGGAAGUUUGUGAGAAAUUUGAAUGCCCUGAGUCAGAGGUGAUGGCCAGCUUGUACAGUGGGGAUCCUCAGGACCAACUCGCAGUUGCAUAUCACCUUAUUAUUGACAAUCGGAGAAUCAUGAACCAAGCCAGUGAAUUCUACCUCGCUUCUAGCCCGCCCACUGGCUCUUUUAUGGAUGACAGCAUGCACAUCCCCCCAGGGGUGAAACCCCACCCAGAGCGGAUGCCUCCUCUCGUAGCAGAUAGUCCCAAAGCAAAAUGUCCCUUGGAUGCACUGAAUACCACUAAGCCAAAACCAUUGACUGUGAAAAAAGCCAAGUGGCAUUUAGGAAUACGGAGUCAAAGCAAACCGUACGACAUCAUGGCUGAAGUCUACCGUGCUAUGAAACAGCUAGAUUUUGAAUGGAAGGUUGUGAAUGCCUAUCAUCUUAGAGUUCGCAGAAAGAAUCCAGUGACGGGAAAUUACGUGAAAAUGAGUUUGCAGCUGUAUCAGGUUGACAAUCGCAGCUAUCUGUUGGACUUCAAAAGUAUUGAUGAUGAUGUCAUGGAGCAAAGGUCAGGCUCUUCCACGCCUCAGCGCUCGUGCUCUGCAGCACGUUUGCACCGGCCGAGACUCAGCUUGGACUCUGCCACUGUGGAUUGCCAGUCGCUGCCUGGGUCUCUCCUCGGCUCCUUGACUGGGGGCGUCUCCUCCGUUACGCCGCGUCUCGGUAGCCACACCAUGGAUUUCUUUGAAAUGUGUGCCAGUCUCAUCAUGGCUCUUGCUCGCUGACAGGCUACCUGAAAGAAUCGGGUAAUAACAAAUAUGUCCUUCUUUGGAAAACGGUUCAACUCUUGCUUUACGAGGGUGAAAUGAUAGCUUGUGUGGCUGUUGCACUAAAUUUUAAAAGAGUCGAUUAAGAGUUGGAUCACAUAAGUAUUCACUGCUUUUUAUUUCAUGUCAUAAUAGGCUUAAUGCUCAUUGCCUGAUGAAAUAAAAAAGAAAAGAAAAGAAGAGCAGGCUUAAAGUCAAAACCAGGAGUUCUAGAUUGUGAAGGAGCCAAACACACUGCUUUUGAAACAGGGAGAAGAGUUGGCCCGGCUCUAGCCAAGUCUUUGCCAGGAAGAGCCAGUUCAUUUAAAGCAGGGGUGUUGAACCACAGGCCUGGGGCCAAAUCUAGCCCUCUGGUGUUUCCCAGGUAGCCCAGCCCUCUUUCCUCUGAUCAUUUGGUGGCUUCUCUGCCUUUGUGCAGUCUUUUCCCAUUCUGAAAGGUUGAUGCGCCUCUCCUAAGGCUGAG